UUAGUUUCUUCUCUCUUAACAGUAUAUCAUUCUCAAUUUCAUAACCCCUCUAAUCAAGUCAAUAAACAUCAUCUAAGAUUUUUGCUUAUAUUUUAUAAAAAAAGAAGCUUGUCCAUCCAUCUUAAAAAAUGUCUGAAUCGGAUUCGGGUGAAAGUACCUCCUCUCAAUCAUCGCUAUCCUCGUUCGUAUCCCGCUCGUCGUCUUCCUCACGAUUGAGUGAAUUUGUGGAUGCCAAAACAGAGCUGCAGGAAAUAUACCAGGAUAUGAAACAUUUUCUUUCAACUUUUGUAACCAUACUGGAGGAGAGUAUUUUUUUGGAUGAUCUGCAAAUGAUUGAUAAGCUCUGUAGGUUUUCGAGUAAAAUGGAUGCCAUACAAAUGGUUUUGUCUAGAAAUCGUAUGAAGGUGGCAUUUUUCGGACGGACCUCGAACGGAAAGAGUGCAGUGAUCAAUGCCUUGCUGCAUGAGAAAAUUAUGCCCAGUGCCAUGGGUCACACCACAAGUUGUUUUUGUCAGGUGCAGGCGAACAGUGCAGAUGAACCUGAGCAUGUGAAGAUCGAACAGGAGGAGGAGCACCUGGAGUUGAGUGCUUUAAACGAGCUAGCCAGUGCACAUUCCCCAAGGGCUUUGAAGCCCAGGACUCUACUGCACGUUAACAUGCCCAAGAAUCGGUGCUCGCUUUUGGACUACGAUGUGGUGCUGAUGGACACACCUGGAGUAGAUGUCACAGCUCAAUUAGACGACUGCCUAGAUAGCUAUUGCAUGGAUGCGGAUGUUUUCAUACUAGUUCUCAACGCUGAGUCCACAAUCUCCGGCGUGGAAAGGCAAUUCUUCAAGGAGGUGGCCUCCAAACUGUCGCGUCCUAAUCUAUUCAUACUUAAUAAUCGCUGGGAUGUGGCCAGCAGCCAGGAACCUGAUAUGGAACAGCAGGUGAGGGAUCAGCAUAUGGAACGUUGCAUAAAGCUUCUAAUAGACGAUCUGGGUGUGUAUUCUGAUGAGGAGCAAGCCAGGAAGAGGAUUUAUCACGUCUCAGCCCUGGAGGCUUUGCAAUUAAGGAACGGUAGCAAUACGAAUCCAACGUCACAAACGCAAGAGCGCUAUCUGGAGUUUCAGCGAUUCGAAAAUGAUUUUUCAACCUGCCUAGCCCAGUCUGCUUUGCAGACCAAAUUCGGGCAUCACUUGCUAAGUGUAAAGGAGGUUUUAACCGAGCUGCAAGUGGAUUUGAUAAGUCCUCUCAUAGCCAAAGUCAACCGACUGAUAAAAGAAAACGUGGAGAGGAGAAAGGACUUGAAUGUGGAAAAAGAAGAUCGACUCAGUGAAAAUAUUAGGGAACAUCAAGAGUUUGAAAUCGUUGCCGAAGAGCUGAAUGAGCUGGCACUUAACGUGGGUCAGCGGAUUUUACGGGAACAGAUCACCAGGAUAAUACCCUCAGCUGUGCAAUCCUUCUCGCAACCAUUUUAUCCACAGUUUCCAAGGCAAAUUGGUCACUACCAGCGCUCGUUGAGUGCCCACUUGGAUGUCCUAUUCGCAGAUCAAGUUCUGGGACGUCUAUCCAUACCCAUUCAGGAAAAACUAUGCCAGUUGGAGGCAGAUCUUCUGGGUGAACCCACCGAGGAAACCCUCAACUGGCAGCUUAUUUACCACAUGAAUUGUCAAUCGUUGAUGGGUGAUUUUCAACCAGACAUAAGGUUUCGGUUCUCCUGGGGCAUUGCUUCCCUUUGGCACAGUCUACGGAAAAAGCUACCUCUGCCCAUAAAUUCAUUACAGGAUCGAAAGUUGCUCAACGGACACAAGGAAACCCCGCCUGCUGCUCCUUUGAUGCACCAAAGUACUCUGCAGAUGAUUGCAUCUUUAGUGAAAUCCGAUGGUUGCCUCGGAACUCUAUUGCUGGGCGGCAUGGCGGUUCGUUCGGUGGGCUGGCUAACGAUCCUGAUCCUUGGAAGCAUCGUGGGAUCCGUGUACACCUACGAGUUGCUCAGCUGGACGCCAGCCGCUCAAGAGCGGAGCUUCAAGAGCCAGUACUCCAAACAUUUGCAGGAAAAACUACGGGGUACUGUGCAGCAAACCGCCAGCGGUUUUUCGUUGCAGAUGCAACAUCAGCUGCGAAAUAUCAAACACUUGUGGUUAACCGAAGUUGUGGAAAGUAAGAACGACUUUGACUCAAGGACCUCCGAGCUGACCGAACAAAUACAAUCGAUGGAGGAGUUGCAGCUGAAGUUGAAAAAGUUCCGGGACAAGGGAAAUCUGAUGGCUAUACGGGUAGGAGAGUUUCAAGAGCGUUAUUUUAGCAUCAAUUCUUAAAAGAGGGUUAUAUUAUUGAUUUCAAUUUUCUGUUAUGAAAUGUUCAAAUUUGGUUUGUUUUUGGUUGUUAUAUUUUAAAUCGUUUAUUAAAUUGGAUUGUAGUUUACUUAUUGAUUAAA